AUGGCCCCACAGAAAUCUCUUCAAGAGGACCGAAUUGGACUAUUCUCUGCCGACAUAGCCUGGCAAGUGGUUCCUUGCCCCCAGACAGAAGCCGGCAUCAGCUGCCUGCUAUCUUGCCUGUAUGUCCUGGCAGCGGAAGGUGAAGCCUCGAAAGGACUUGUAGACGCUGCAUGGAAGUGCUUGCCCUUUCCACCCUUCUGCCUGGGCUUGCAGCUGCUGCUGGAAGGGCGAACUCAGCAAAUGCAAGAUCCCGAGAAGGCAGCCGUAGCCCACGGCUUGUACCAGCUGUUGACAACUCUAGCUCCGGAGCACACCGAGAGGGACACCCUGUUCGAAUAUUCUCGUCUGUUGCUGUCGCUUUUGUUGCAAUCCGCAACAAGCUCCUCUUCUCAUUCCGGUCCAGCACUUCAUUUUCGAUCCAUGGCCUUGACGUGCAGCAUCAGCCACACCGUAUUCAAGGAGCCCGUCGUUUGUCUUCCUGAUGUCCCCGAUGUGGCUUUCAAUCAAGAGGCAGCAUUGCAGUACCUGUCGAACAGUCCUGGGGAGACGACAUCAGACGAAGAGGCCGUGCCCGGUGAAUCAGAAGUGUUGCACGGCCGGGCCGCCGAGGAACUCAUGGAAAGCCAUGCCUUGUCACGACUCGUGAGAGCCUACGCGCCCAUGGCCGAGUGCCUCGUGAUGGAAGCUGCUCAGGCACCCUCCGUCCCUUUGUCUAGGGACCAGUUGCCGUCCUGGACAAACUUGCGGAAAAACUGUGGGACAGAAGCUGCCCAGUGCAUGCGCUUGCUCAGCGCCCUGUCACUCAAAAGUUGCAGGUGCCCUCCCAAGCUCACGAAGACCAGGGACGGCGUUGUGGUCGUCUUUACAGGGCACGGGAAGUCUGCUGCAGGCAGCGCCGUGAUCUUCGAUCCUGGCAUGGGUGCUGAGGAGCACAUGGACUUAGAUAUGGCCGCAAAGAGUUUGUCCGAGGUGGGGACCAACUUUGAUAUCGAACUUCAAGAGAAAGAAGUCCUGGAAGGCAUCAUUGUUUGCCUUGAUGUCUCCGACUCCAUGUGCAAGCAUUCGUCCUUUGAGCGGGAUGAGGAAACUGGACUUGGCGAAGAGAACCACGAGAUUGAACAGGAUCCCAGCGAUGAUUCUACAGAAGCUCUACAACGCCACUUGAGGCGUUUUGCUGCACUCCCCGAAAUGGCUCACAUUCGCCAGAUCAUCCAACAACGCACAACUUCGCGAGACCAGGCGAACUUUGCAAACGUGGUGCUGGAAGAUCUGAGCAGCCUGGCACGAGUCGCGCCACGAGGCUCCGUCGAUGAUGCCAGGCGAUUGGUCAAGUACAAGUCAGCGUUUGCCAAGGUUCUGCUAGAACAUGCGGAUGAUGAUCCACCCCCCGAGUUCUGUUGUCCCAUCACCAGGAGCUUGAUGACACAUGCUGUUUGUGCACCGGAUGGCUUCACCUACGAAAGCGAUGCCAUCACAGCAUGGUUCUCGAAGGCACAAACAUCGCCAAUGACUGGGCAAAGAUUGACCGAUACGACACUCUUUCCAAACCAGGUGCUGCGGUCCCAAAUACAGGACUGGCGUGAUUGCCACCCUGCCCCGAAAGAACCAGCAAUCCCAACAGUUUCAGAACAAGAACGAUUGCGCGUGGUGUGCUACAUGCCCCACUCUUACCAGUCUUACACAAGUGAGAUGGUCGAGCUGGAGCUGCCAGCCCCUGCCACAGCAGCUACUGUGAAGCAAAAGCUGAGGACCAUCCUCGGAGUGGCAACUUCUCACUUGGUGGUCUAUCAUGCUGGCAACCUCCUGCCAGAGCUCCUGGAGCUCAGGAGAGCUGGGGUUACUGAUGGCUCUCCGCUGGAGAUGUUCACUUUCUCUCCACUUGCUCAGACAUGCCACCGCAACAAGAAGGUGCGGGUAGUGCUGGUGCGGCAGGGUUUGUCGGGCUCGGUGAUGCAGUUGGAGGUGGGAGCCUGUGAGUUGAUCCUCUCCUUGAAAUGUCGCAUCUGGUCAUUGCUGCCGCAAUCCCAGCAGCUGUCCAGCGGACCAAGUCACAUGGACCUCUGGUUCAACUUGCAGCAAGUGGGCGACGGCUUCCGCAGCGGCACCCUCCUCUCGGACGAUCGUUGUGUUGGGGACUACGUGGACUGCGCAGAUGAGAUCAUGCUUGAGUCUGACUUACAUCGUCAGGGGAGAGAGAAGAUCCGGCGUGCGAAGGCACGCGGCCGCUAUCUCGAUAGAAUCACUGUAGUCAAGCAGCUCUUCAACGCCUUUAUUGACAGGUCAUUGGCCUACAACAACCCCUGUGCCAUUGGCUUGGUAUGCUUCGGUGAUUCUGUAGAGGUCCGCUGUGAGCUUACUCCUGCCUACGAGAGCUUUCGCGACAGCAUUUCUGAAGUGAAGCCUGAUGGAAACACUCGGCUCUUCGAUGCCGUGCCUCGGCUUUCCUUACCAGACCCUUCAAGAGAAUCAGCUGAUGCAGCCACGCCGUGGACAAACUGA